AUGCUCAAUAAUGCACCAACAAGCGCCCACGUCGUUGCAAUUUCUAAGCCGGCUCCUUACUUCUCCGGAACCGCCGUGGUUAAUGGAGAGUUCAAAGAGCUCAAACUCUCGGACUACAAGGGAAAGUACCUGGUGUUUUUCUUCUAUCCGCUGGACUUCACGUUUGUUUGUCCUACGGAGAUCAUUGCAUUCAGUGAUCGCGUCCAGGAAUUCAAGGCGCUGAACGCGGAAGUAGUGGCGUGUUCUGUUGACUCGCCCUUCACCCAUCUUGCAUGGAUCAACACAAGGAAACAAGGUGGCCUCGGACCUAUCAAGAUCCCACUGCUCUCUGAUCUCACUCACCAGAUCUCAAAGGACUACGGUGUCUACCUAGAGGACCUCGGGCACACAUUGAGGGGUCUGUUCAUCAUUGAUGACAAGGGCAACCUUCGCCAGAUCACCAUGAACGACAUGCCAGUGGGUCGAUCUGUGGACGAGACACUACGAUUGGUGCAGGCUUUCCAGUACACCGACAAGCACGGAGAAGUCUGUCCUGCAGGGUGGAAGCCUGGCGGAGAUACGAUCAUCCCUACUCCAUCGGAGAAACUGAAGUACUUCAGCAGGCGUUGA